UUGAUAGUAAUGGCAUACUUAUGCAUAAUCAUUAAAAAACUCAAAUAAUUUCCCCAGAAAACAUCUUGUCCAAGAACUGCACUACAAGUUCCACAAGACGUGUUUCCGUAAACUGUUAUACACGAUCUUUGGCUGCACUCUCAGUCACAUAGCCACAAGAUGGCGCUAGAAUACAGAUGUUCGGUAGUGUCUAUGUAAAUCUGCCUCAAUAGAUUAUCCCUGCAGCAGCACAAGAACAAAUUAGUAUUUGCUUAUGUAUUUUUGAAUAACGUGAACAACCAGAAACUAAUAACAAUAGGCUAUAUAUAUUUUUUAGUAAUUCUUUGUUAAUUUCAGGCAUUUGCUCCGGAACUUUUGUUCGUACUGUUUGCGGUGCCGCUACGACAGAAUUCGUUGACGGACUGUACACAAACCAACGCGUGUGAACCAACUGAUUCUCAGGAUAAAUGUAGAUAUUAGUUGAUUACUUUGCUUUAUUACCCGACUAAAUUAAAUAUUGGUGUUUGUGUAACUAACGGCAUACCUAUAUAUAAACGCAUGAAGUAAACUGGUUUCCAAGAAGUAGCUGGUUACUGUAGCUGCAUUGGACUAAUACAUGACAUCCAAGUGAGCCCGCUCAUGCUGUUUGGAAAGGCCUGCAGAUUUGGUGGACGUGUCAGGUUUUGUGUUGUCAAACCUUUGGCCUGUCUCUUUAGCAGUUCCAGCAACAUGGCCAAGAGCAAAUUUGAGUAUGUCCGCAACUUUGAAACAGAUGACACUUGUCUACGAAACUGCUACAUUGUUGUGAGACUGGAUGGCCGCAACUUCCAUAAGUUUACAGAGCAGCACAAGUUUUCAAAGCCCAAUGAUAACAGGGCCUUGGGCCUGAUGACCCGGAGUGCACACUCUGUCAUGGAAGAACUAGAGGAUAUUGUCAUUGCUUAUGGUCAAAGUGAUGAGUUCAGCUUUGUUUUCAAGAGGACCUCCAACUGGUUUAAGAGGAGAGCCAGUAAGCUCAUGACCCAUGUGGCCUCUCAGUUCUCCUCCUCGUAUGUGUUUUACUGGAAGGAGUUUUUUGGGGAGCAACAACCCCUAUUGUACCCCCCUAGCUUUGAUGGACGCGUGGUCCUGUAUCCUAGCAACCGCAACCUCCGGGACUACCUCAGCUGGAGGCAAGCAGAUUGUCACAUAAAUAAUUUGUACAACACAGUGUUUUGGACUUUGGUACAAAAGGGCGGACUGACCACAGCGCAGGCAGAGGAUCGCUUAAAGGGAACGUUAGCUUCAGACAAAAAUGAGAUCCUGUUCUCUGAGUUUGAUAUCAACUACAACACUGAAUCUGCUCUCCACAGGAAAGGCACCACUCUCAUCUGGGAAAAGCGAGAUGAAACUGUCACUAAACGCAUGAAGCGACCAAACGAAGAGGAGAAGGACGUGGCCGUGACUCGCAGCAGGAGGAGGGUGCAGGCCAAGCACUGCGACAUUAUAGGAGAGCCGUUCUGGGAGGAACACCCCGACAUCCUGGAGGACGACAACUGCUAACGGCUCCUGUGCUGCCGUCGGAGAGAAAUACUGAACUGAGUGAAACUAGAACAGUUGAAGUGGAUCCAUACAAGCAGUGGAUAUUACAGCUUGACUGAAUUAGAUGAACAUCAAACAACAUGUUACCCAUGAAGCUUAUUGCCCUUGAAAUCCUUUCUGAGACUGAAGCCUUUGAUGACAUAGUCUUACUUUCACGUAUCAAACUUCUAUCAUAAUGUUCCCUUUUAAAGUCGGACGUUUUCUGCUUAAAUGGAUGAUGAUGCCUGUCAUGUUCAAAGGGAAGCAGAUGAUUUCUUAAAUCUUUUAGCAGCGGGUAUUGAGUACACACACCGCACUUUGAUACUGCCCCAGACAUCUUCCCACCCCGAGUUUAGUGCACGUAGCUCUCCUGAAGUUGCUUUUCCAACAAUAUAUCUUCAUUUAACAUUAAAAGACCACCAUCACUUCAUGCUUCA